AUGGAGAACCCUUCCUGCCUGCUCUACGGUGCAGGCGACGCCAGAUUUGAAAACCGGCCGAGGCCAGUAAUCGAAGAUGCCCACGAUACAUUGGCGUCUGCGGAAGCGAUGUAUGUCCACUUCUGGCUCCACGGCGGCAUCAAAAACCACGUCUCAACAACAAACCCGCUAGUAAUGGGCCACGAAGCCUCGGAUAGCCAUCGAGCCGGGCUUCGCCCUGUCCCCACCUGCGCGCAAUGCAAGAGCGGCAAAUACAAUCUCUGCCCGCAUAUGAAGUUCACUGCGAGCCCGCCGCAUACACACGGCGCUCUCUCAAAAUUCUUCAAGGUUCCUGCAGAUUGCUGUUACAGAAUUUCCGGCGCUCAGCUUAGAGAAAGAGUUCGGAUUGAUGAGGCUGUGCUUAUUGAGCCGAUGGAUGUCGCUGUGCAUUCUGUGAGGCAGGUAGGUGUCAAGCCUUCUGAUAGGGUUGUUGUUUUCGGGGCCGGGACAGUAGGGCUUCUUUGUGCUGCUGUUGCGGGCCAGUUUGGGGCUAGUGUCAUCGUGUCUGUGGAUAUUAAUAAAGACAAGUUGGAUUUUGCUGAGGACUGGAUGUUGCCGGAUCGGGCGCUGUUCUCGACUCAGCUUGCGCGUGAAUUGUGGACUCCAGAACAGAUUGCUGCCGAGUUGCGGAAGCGGCUUAAGUCGUUGAGGUUGGAACCUGAUUGCUGGGAUCUCUCGGAGAACGAGAUUACUGCCAAGGGGUGCUUCUGGUAUGGGGCUGGGGAUUUUAAGCUGGCAUUGGAGAUGGUGAUGGUUCAGAAGGUUGAUUUGAGGUCACUAAUCACCAAGAUCGUGCCUUUUAGGGACGCUGUUGAGGCCUGGGAGGCUACGAAGAGAGGCGAAGAGAUCAAGACUUUAAUUGAAGUUGGACUUUGA